AUGAAUAAAGAGCAUGUGAUGUUAAUGCUAUGCACAAUUAUCAUAGCAAUCCCAUUGCUUCAAAGCGUUUCUGAACGGCCAAAAUCGGUGCAAACAUGGUUCAGGCAGGAGCUCCCACUCAAAAAACAAAAGGUCACAAACCUACACUUUUACUUUCACGAUGCCCUGGGUGGGCAAGAUCGCACUGUGUAUCCAAUAUUCCAGUUAGACAUCACCUCGACCAGUAUCACUGGAUUUGGUUUUGGUUUCAUGUUUGACAACCCUAUGACCGUUGGGCCGGAUCCGUGGUUGAUGAGGAUUGGUAGGGGCCGAGGGAUUACUGGUGCAACAGCGUUGGAAAAACCAGGGUUCCUCAUGAACUUAAACUUUAUCUUUACACAAGGGAGGUUCAAUGGUAGCACCCUACAAACUCUUGGCACUAACCCUAUCCAAAAUCAGUUUCUUGAAAUGUCUCUGAUCCAAGAUUCCAAGAGAGAGACGAUCGUCAAUCAACUUCCUCCUUCCACCCCAAUCUCCAAGGCCCCAUCCUCAAUCUUCGUUCAAUCACAAGUCGACUCCGCCAAAUCAAAUCCGUUCAUCGUCGAUUGCCACUUUCCUGCACGUCGCGACGUGACAACAUCGCCUGCUGGGUGCUGCGCCACUGCGGACUGCGGUGCUGCUACGAUGCUACCUAGCACCUGCUGCUACGAUGCUACCUGGCACCUGCUGCUGUUCUGCUCAUCUGCUGCAAUCCCAAUUCCGUAA